ACGAGGGCCUUGAACCAUCGACACUGCAACAUACACAAGCUUCAGAAACAACACGGCUCAGUAAGAAGGGGGCUUGACUCGGCCCAGAUGUGGUCCUUGGUUCACUCCCGUUUGCAAAGCGUUGAUUACACAACGACAUUCAACCUAAAUCACAAUGACUUGACAGUUAAACAUUACCUUAUCUGAGUGGGUGCAAGGUGAGAGUUGACUUGAAUUCCUCUGCCGUCUCUACACGUCGACUUUGAGUCACUGCAACUGGAAACUACUUGAAACUUGAAAUGUGAUCGGUCCAUGUUCCAACCCACCAGAAAGAAGAAAUCAAACAAAGGCUGAGUUUCUUCUCACUUGUCUUCGUACCAUGUGAACCCGUAAAGACUUUAUCUACAACUGCAGCUCAGAGUUCAACACGUGAGCCGCUGCCGGGUUCAGGUUACACAACUCUACUGCUGCUCCUGCUGCCGCUAUAUAGAACCCCCCCCCCCCCCCCCCACUCAGACAGUCCGUCGUCUGCCGUGAAGGAGCCUGGCUGCACAACCCACAGCUCUCAAGAUGUUCCAAACCAGCCUGGUGUCCCUUGCAGUGCUGCUGUGCUCUGCCCUCUUGGUCGAUGGAGGGAGGGUCUUGGUGUUCCCUGUAGAUGGAAGCCACUGGAUCAACAUGAAGGUCCUCAUCGAGGAGCUUCACUCCAGAGGGCAUGAGAUCACAGUCCUGCGACCGUCCGACACCUGGUACAUCAAGCCAGAUUCUCCCUACUACAAGUCCAUCACUAUCAAUUCCUCAGCUGGUUUUGAUGAGGAAAACUUUGGCUUAUUAAUAUCCUCAAUGGUGAACAUGCGUCUGGAAGGUGCAUCCCUUUGGAAAUACAUAUCUAUGCAGUACAACAAAUUUAACGUGUUGUAUUUCAUACAUAAGCAGGCCGUUGAGAUGGUGGAGCAGAUGUUCCAGGACAGCAAACUGAUGCAGAGCCUUCGCGACGCCAAUUAUGAUUUGGUUCUGACAGAUCCUGCUAUUGGUGGAGGGGUGCUUCUGGGUCACCGCUUGGGUCUUCCACUUGUCUUCAAUGUGAGGUGGACCAUUCAGGGUGAGGGACAUCAGACAAUAGCACCGUCCCCAGUCUCAUAUGUCCCAAUACAAGAGUCAGAGCUGACUGACAAGAUGACCUUCAACCAGAGAGUGAAGAACGUCCUCUUCUAUUUAUUUACACGUUUUCAAAUUUGGUACACUGUGGAUUCAAACUACAAACCUUUUGUCCAGCGUCACUUCGGCAGUGACGUACAUUACAUGGAGCUGUUCCAAGCCGCAGAUAUCUGGCUGAUGAGGAACGAUUUUACCUUUGAGUUCCCAAGACCCACGAUGCCCAACAUCAUCUACAUGUCAGGGUUUCAGUGCAAACCCUCCAAGCCUCUGUCCAAAGACCUGGAGGAGUUUGUCCAGAGCUCUGGUGAACAUGGGGUCAUCGUUAUGACCUUGGGAACCCUGGUGGCAAACCUUCCAGAGGAGGUCAGUGACCACAUCGCAGCAGCUUUUGCCAAACUUCCUCAGAAGGUGAUCUGGAGGCACCAAGGAAAAAGACCGUCCACUCUUGGGAACAACACCUUACUCUUAGACUGGCUGCCUCAGAACGACCUCCUGGGUCACCCCAAGACCAGACUGUUUGUGGCCCAUGGAGGAACUAACGGAGUCCAGGAGGCCGUCUACCACGGUGUUCCCCUGGUGGGCCUGCCUCUACUGUUUGAUCAGCAUGACAACUUCUUCAAGAUGAAAGUAAGAGGUGUGGCCAAAGUCAUGGACAUUGCAACUGUGAACAGAGAGAACUUCUUGGAGGCGCUGGAGGAGGUUCUCUAUGAACCUAGCUACAGGGAGAACAUGAGGAAGCUGUCCAACCUGCAGAGAGAUCAGCCCAUCAAACCACUGGACCAUGCCGUGUUCUGGAUCGAGUUUGUCAUGAGGCACAAGGGGGCGCCGCACCUCAGGACCGACUCUUAUAAGAUGUCCCUGGUCCAGUACUACUCCCUCGAUGUCAUUGGCUGUCUGCUGGCAGUUGGUUUGGCAGCAUUCACUCUCUUUAUUGCUGUCAUCAAGUUUUUGUGGUGCAGAGUGUUUUACAGAAGCAAAGUCAAAAAUGAAUGAGCGUGCUGCAAUAUUUCACAAUUUUAUGAUCUGAAUUUUGAUUCAUGAAAACGAUACUAAAUCUUUCAGUAGUGUGCAGCUGAACGCAGCGACCUCCUCCCACCUCAGCACCUGGUGCAGAGGUUUCACCUGUGGCCACUGCCCACAGCUACAGCUCAGUCAAACCUGCUCCUUUAGCUUUAUAUACUUAUCAUUAUUAAUGUUUGAUUCAAAUAAAACUCAACAAAAUCACGACUGUUUUUUGUCCUAGCUCCUAAAACGUGGAACGAGUUCCCCAUUGACAUCAGGACAGAAAGACCAACCGUCGUCCUCUGCAGACGAAGGACACAUCUCUUCACACUAUACCUUUGUUAAGAAGAUUAUGUCUAUAAGCAUCUUAAACUCCGGUGUUUAUAUAUAAAAAGCAGAAAAUUCCUCCUUCCGAGAAAUUAAGAAUUUGUGCCUAGACAGGGAGAGAACGUCUACAGACGGCCAACAGACAUUAGACAGACUGCCUACAGACUGUCUACAGACUUUAGACAGACUGCCUACAGACUGUCUACAGACUGUCUACAGACUGCCUACAGACUGUCUACAGAUUGUCUACAGACCGCCUACAGACUGUCUACAGACUGUCUACAGACUGCCUACAGACUGUCUACAGAUUGUCUACAGACGGCCUACAGAUUGUCUACAGACCGCCUACAGACUGUCUACAGACUGUCUACAGACUGCCUACAGACGGCCUACAGACAGUCUACAGACAGCCUACAGACUGCAUACAGACAUUAGACAGACUGCCUACAGACUGUCUACAGACUGUCUACAGAUUGUCUACAGACUGCCUACAGACAUAGACAGACCGCCUACAGACUGCCUACAGACUGUCUACAGACAUUAGACAGACUGCCUACAGACUGUCUACAGACUUUAGCCAGACUGCCUACAGACUGCCUACAGACUGUCUACAGACUUUAGACAGACUGCCAACAGACUGUCUACAGACUUUAGACAGACUGCUAACAGACUGUCUACAGACUGCCUACAGACUGUCUACAGACUUUAGACAGACUGCCAACAGACUGUCUACAGACUGUCUACAGACAGCCUACAGACUGUCUACAGACUUUAGACAGACUGUCUACAGACUGCCUACAGACUGUCUACAGUCUGUCUACAGACUGCCUACAGAUUGUCUACAGACUAUAGACAGACUGCCUACAGUCCGUCUACAGACUGUCUACAGACUCCCUACAGACUGUCUACAGACUUUAGACAGACUGUCUACAGACUGUCUACAGACUGCCUACAGAUUGUCUACAGAUUUUAGACAGACUGCCAACAGACUGUCUACAGACUGUCUACAGACUGCCUACAGACCGUCUACAGACUUUAGACAGACUGCCAACAGACUGCCUACAGACUGCCUACAGACUGUCUACAGACUUUAGACAGACUGCCAACAGACUGUCUAAAGACUGUCUACAGACUGCCUACAGACUGCCUACAGACUGCCUACAGACUGUCUACAGACUUUAGACAGACUGCCAACAGACUGCCUACAGACUGCCUACAGACUGCCUACAGACUGUCUACAGACUUUAGACAGACUGCCAACAGACUGUCUACAGACUGUCUACAGACUGCCGCUCAGUACUUGUCCUCAGUUCCUCUUCUCCUUCUGAGAACGUGCUGCUGCUUGAAUCAUAACAUCAAAGACAUCAAAGGAAUCUGUCCUGGCCAAUCACGCUGGAAAAGAGAAAGCUACACUCUAGCAAAGCCCUUGAACGACGUGCGAUUAUUCAUAAACUAUAAUUCCUAUUUGUGAAAUAAAAACACCAUGAGCAUCGAAAGAUUUUGCCGAACAAAUAGAUAUAUAUUUUUUUAUGGUAAGAGUCAAACAAUUUGACAGUGGGAGUGAAUUAGAAAAGUUUGGCUUCUUCUAGACAAUUCCUCUCAAAAUUAACAUUAGACCCAUUGGAGAAGAGACGGCUCUAUGCUCUUCUGCACUCCCCGAACAACUACUUGCUUCUCAAAAACCAUAAGGCCUAUCUAUGAAAUAAAAACAAUGUGAGAAUCCAAAGACCCUGCUGGACACACAGAUCUCUUUUUUAUUGGUUAGAGUUAAAAAAUGGGACGUGGGAGCGAGUUAGAUAAUCUUGACUUUCGGGCUCCCUACCGAUAUUUCCUAUCUAAAUUAACAUAGGGCCUAAUGGAGAGGGUUCAGAGAACUACAGUAUAAAAAAUGCAUACAGCCAAAUGUACAGAUCUGAUAUAUUUCAUAGGGACAUUCCUGCGAAGCUAACAACUUCUCCUACGUUUUGGUCUAAAAAUCAAGUAUGAAAACUUCCAUUGGGGACUUUCAGAGCUGUUUAGACUGAACUUCGGUCCUGCUCCACUCUCACUCUAAAUGGGCGAGAGACCUUGACUCCAAUUCAUUUAGUUUGGGCUAUUUUUGGCAAUUUUGAAUUUAAAAAUGAAUGCACUGAUAUAUGGCAGCUACAUGUAGCAAGUGUAGUUGGGCUUUUGAAGCUUAUUGAACUUGCAUGAUUCUCGCUGCUCUUGGUUUGUUCCCUCAUGGUUGAAUGAAAUUAUUGUAAUUUACUUUGGAUAAAAGUGACUUCAGAUGAUAAGUAAUGUAUUUUCCAUGUAGACCCACUGAUGUUUAUGAGCUUAAUGUACGAUCAAACACAUUCACACAUGUGAACAGGAAUUCUGUCAUAUGAGGAAUCGCUAAAUAUAAUUUUACACUUUAAAAUGUCCUUCAAUGCUUUUUGUACAAUGACCAACAAUACAAAUGAUUGUCAAAUGUUUUAAAAUAAAGAUGCUUAAAAUAUAUGAAAAAUAAAUAAUGCAUAACAAUCAAA